GUCGCGUCGCGGGCAGGCGGCCCGGCCCAGCUCUUCCUCCUCGGCCGCGGCUCUGGCCCGGGUCCGCGUCCUGACGCAGGCAGAGGGGCCUCCCCGCCCAGGACGUGUGGGAGGCGCCCGGCCCGCUCAGCGCCUGCCCCGUCAAUGCUGCCGGUUUUCCAUUUGAAUCCACGCCACACAUUUAUGGCGAUUCUGAGCGUCAGGGCAGAUUUCUGCCGGGCCCAGCACAGCACCCUGGCUGAGAAGUGAGCUGGAGGCCGGGGUCUCACGUGCGCCUCAAAUAUAUGGGGUUAUCUUCUGCACAUUGGAAACCUCUUCCUCUUAGUGACACUAGAGAAGCAAAGCCUGGCUGAACCCCAUUGGAGAGAAGACUUGUCCUUACAUUUUCUUUGUGCCUCACCAGUGCCUAAAUGUAGUCAAGGCUGCCUAUUUUUUGCAUGUAGUAGAAACCUGCAAAAUCUGAAGGAGUGCCACCUGCAGUGAUUGAGGCUGAAGUUGAAUUCCAGCAGAUGCUCAAGUAAACCAGUAUUUCUUAGAGUGAAAAAUUAUUUUGAAGAACAAACCAAGGAAAUAAGGAAAGAUCUCAUCAAUCCCACUUUAGUGGUCUUUAAUGUUUUCUGCUGUGAAACAUUGCAAGAUUUGAUUUUUGAUUUUUGAUUUUUGUUAGCCCUCAUACACUUUUCCCCCUUCGCCAUUAUGAACCGUCCUGCUCCAGUGGAGAUUACUUAUGAGACUAUGCGCUUCCUCAUUACCCACAACCCAACCAAUGCAACCCUCAGCAAGUUCACAGAGGAGCUGAAGAAAUAUGGCGUGACAACCUUGGUGCGAGUCUGUGAUGCCACCUAUGAUAAAGCACCCGUUGAAAAAGAAGGGAUCCAAGUCCUGGACUGGCCGUUUGAUGAUGGAGCCCCACCCCCUGGUGAAAUUGUGGAGGACUGGCUCAACCUGUUGAAAACCAAAUUCCGUGAGGAGCCAGGCUGCUGUGUCGCUGUGCACUGUGUGGCAGGAUUGGGAAGAGCCCCAGUUCUGGUUGCCCUCGCACUCAUUGAAUGUGGAAUGAAGUAUGAGGACGCUGUGCAGUUCAUAAGACAGAAGAGGAGAGGAGCAUUCAAUUCUAAACAGCUGCUCUAUCUUGAGAAAUACCGACCGAAGAUGAGAUUACGCUUUAGAGAUGCCAACGGGCACUGUAUCGUGCAGUAAGCCAAGCCCCUUUGUGAUGUCUUGACGCUAUCAUGGCUGUCCUUCUGGACUCGUGGAACCUGGAAACGUAAUUCUGGAAUUGAGUGACAUCCUGACUGUCGUGGAGUCAGUGCUCCUCUGCCUUUGUCCUAAUGAUAAUGAUUGUGAUAAAAAAUAAAAUUAAAACAAAACA